AUGCCCAAGAACAGAGACAAACGUCGUUUGGACAAAAACGAAUCGGUGAAUUCGGUAUUGCUCGAAGCAUACACUGUCGUUAUGGACAGAGUCAAGCAGCACAAAGGAAGAUCCAACCGAGUAGAAACAAAGAAGAGAGCACGAUGGCGCGCGCGAGACAAAGGAGAUGCGAGGCUACGGGAGCACACACGAGCAGAUGGCCGGGCAGGUCGUUCGACGCGGUCCAGAGCCGUUCGUACAACUUUUCAUCAUCGCACCACGGCCGCAUGCCGGUAUUGCCUUGGGGGGGGCCUUUGCCGCCAGCCAUUUCUUCCACACGCGCCAACAAUGGCGUCGUCCCUGGCACGUCCCGGGAUAAACGACAGCCUCUCCCUCUGCGUCGGCGCGAACCAGUCGACCAGACCGGCCCCCAUCAUUCAUUCCCUGCCCUGCGCAGCCGUGAUUCCUGUACCCGGGGGCGCGCACGCUGGGGGCCGACCGAGGCCACUCAGCCGGCCGCCGACAGGCCCACGAUGUCACUCGCCAGGAGGCACGGAGGUUUGGCGCCCGCACGUCGUCAGUGGGAAAUCGAAGGCAAGGCGCGGCGCAGGCAAAGGACGGAGAGUGGCAGCGAGGCGAGGCGGUGCACGGAUUGCUUCGGGAACCACCUAA